AUGUCGCAGGCUUCCAAAACCCUGACUGUGUUCGGCGCCACUGGCAACCAGGGUGGCUCCGUGAUUAAAACCAUUCUUGCCGACCCCCUUCUUUCAAAGCAAUGGAAGAUCCGUGGAGUCACCCGCGAUCCCUCAAAGGCCGCUGCUCAAAGCUUGGCAGCCCAGGGGGUGGAGAUGGUCGCGGGCGAUAUCUCUUCCUUCAAUCAGGCUCUACCUGCUGUUACUGGCGCCCACACAGUGUUCUUAGUCACCAAUUUCUGGGAGAGCAUGAGUCGAGAGACUGAAGUGGCCCAGGGAAAGGCCGUGACCGAUGCCUGCAAGGAGGCCGGGGUCAAGCAUCUGAUCUUCUCCUCGCUGCGCAAUGUGACCGAGAUCACCAAUGGGCGAUUGCCCAACGUGACGCACUUUGACGGCAAGGCCGAGGUCGAGGCGUACAUCCGGGCGAGUGGUGUCCCUGCCAGCUUUGUCCUCGCCGGUCUCUUCAUGAGCAAUUUCUUCCAGUUCUUCAAUAAACAGGAUGAUACUUACAGCCUGGCCUGGCCUGUUGAUAUGCAAACGGCCCAGGUUCCUCUCUUUGAUGUGGCCGAGGAUACUGGCAAGUUCGUCAAGGCCGCCAUCAAACAUUAUCCAACUACACUCAACCAGCGCAUUCUGGCCGCAACGGACUACUACACCCCGCAAAGAAUCGUAGACGAGUUCCGUGCAGCCACCGGCAAAAAGGCGCAGGCGAUCACCAUCCCCGCUGACAUGUUUAAGUCUUUCCUGCCGGCGGCCGUGGCGCAGGAGAUGCUGGAGAAUAUCCUACUUCUGGGAGACGUGGGCUAUUACGCCGGAGAGCCCUUGGCUGAUUCCCACAAACUCUUGGAUGAGAAGCCUACGCAGUGGAGGGAAUUCGUGACUCGCAACCAGGACAAAUUUCCUUGA